UUUUAACGUUCUAUGGGAGUGAUAGUUGUAGCAGUUGCAGAGUGUUGCGGAAGCAGUGGUAUGAUCAGAAAGAAAGUGGAGUUAUAGUUAAAAGGAAGCAGUAAAUACUGUAGAGGAUUGAAUUGCCUUUGUCGUUAUAUCGAAAACAUUACCGUCUUGUUUCAUAAGCUACUAAAUUCGCACUGAUAUUUCGUUAUCUCAAGUUAUAGACGACCGUUACACAGAGAACAUGGCUACCUUUCGAAUUAGUCAAGAUCAAGAAAAUCGUGGCCCAAACGUAAGGAAAACGCAGCAGGAACCUUCUCAGCAGCAAAGGAGAGCCGUUCUGGGCGUACUAAAUAAAAACACGAAUCGAGUUCCUUUGCAAAAGCCCCAACAAGACACCAGUUCUGGAGAUGAAAACAUAUGUCCUAAGCAGAAAGUCACAUCACAGGUGUUCCAAAAAGCACCAUUUAAGAUUCAUGAAGAGAAGUUAAUUGAAGAGAAAGCCGUUGUUCUAAGGGAUAGUAAAGAUCAUGUGUCAGAUAUAAGUAGUAAAUUAAAAUCAGUUGAUUUGCCUGGAGCUGUAACAAGUCUUCAUCGGCAACCACUGCAGGAGAUUAGUGUUAGACAUGAUUUCUUUGAAGAAGAUAGUACAGGUGGUUCCCCAAUGUCUUUGGACAGAUCUGGUAUCCUCAGUACUCCAGUCAAGCAGAAGUCAAAGUCAGCACAGGAGCUGUUACUGGAUGUUGAUGAAUACAGGGAGGAAAUUUAUCUAUACUUACGUGAAGCAGAGGCUCGCCAUCGUCCAAAGCCUGGAUACAUGAAGAAGCAGCCUUACAUCACAUAUUCUAUGCGUUCAGUUCUAGUGGACUGGCUAGUAGAAGUAGCUGAGGAAUACCAUUUGCAGACGGAGACAUUGUAUCUUGCUGUAUCAUAUAUUGAUCGCUUUCUUAGCUUUAUGUCUGUUGUUCAUUCUAAGUUGCAACUUGUUGGCACAGCUGCAAUGUUCAUUGCUGCGAAAUAUGAAGAAAUAUAUCCACCUGAAGUUAGUGAAUUUGUAUACAUCACUGAUGAUACGUAUACAAAGAAACAGGUGUUACGAAUGGAGCAUCUAAUUCUGAAAGUUCUCGCAUUUGAUCUCUCAGUGCCAACAACACUGAGUUUCAUCACGAGCUUUUCAGCUUCUUAUGGUCUUUCAGAAACCACAGUGUUCCUUGCCAUGUAUUUGGGUGAACUGUCACUUCUAGAAGCUGAUCCAUAUUUGCAAUAUCUUCCGUCGGAAUUGGCAGCUUCAUGCAUAGCACUGGCACGACACACGCUGGAUCAGGAAGUGUGGCCUGACGACUUAGAAAAUGUGACUAGAUACAAGUUUGAGGAUUUGAAACCUUGCGUUUGUCACCUAAAUGAAACCUAUUCAAAUGCCAGCACCUUUCCUCAGCAAGCUGUGAGGGAAAAAUACAAGUCUAACAGGUGGCAUAAUGUUUCGCUGCUGACUCCACGCACACCAGCAUUAUGUUGACUGCAACCAGUGCACCUUGCACACCAAUAGAAACAAAUCACAUACCAAGACAAACCUGUGGUCUAAAAACAAGAAAUUGUUUCUUGUGGUACAAUCAGUAGAUAGAAACUCAUAGUUUAAAACUUACCUGAGGCAACUGAAAGCUUUUUUAUACAUAUAUGUAUUUUUGACAUCUUGUACACAUGUUCCAAUCAGAUUGAUACAUGCAAGAGAAUUUUUGUGUUAUUUUAUAUGUUUGUAUAUUCAGUUUUUUAAUAUGAAUAUUAAGACAGCAAACGUUUUAGAAAAGUGAUUGUUUGGAAGAAUUUUGUAAAUGUAUUUAUUAACCGUACCGGGUCACUUUUGUUUUGUAAGUUGUUGGGCUUGUAAAAAUAUCAUAAUAUGCUUUUAAACUUAAUGUGAAAUAUAAAUUGGAGGAAAUUUAUAGUUUUAGGAUGUGUGCAUUUUUAAAAUCUUUCAUUAGGAAAGCACAGGUGUAAUGAUACAUUUCACAUUCUAAAAUGAAACUCCAUGAGCAUUAAACGGGUUGUAUGUCACCUCAACGUAUUUUAAUAGCUUAUUUUAAAGAAAUAUACAGUGAAUGCUGGAAUAGUCAUUUCCAUCCAUAAAUUUUGUAGUGCUGGUUCCAGGUUCUAACAGGAGUUAUGAAAAAAUAAAACUGUACAUCAUCUUUGUAUUCUAAGUGUAUGAUUUUAAAGAAAAUUUAAAAUGAACCAGCAUUGAACUAAGUAAAACUGAAGUGACAAUGUACUUUUAUUGUGCUUUUACCCUGCAAAGUAUUGCUGUAUAUUAGUGGCUUGUUUUCAAUGCGAGACGUGCAAAAUUAAUCGUUUUAUAAGCAGAAAAAAUUAACUCUGGUACAUGUAUAUAAGUCAGUCCAAUAAGAGAAGGAUAAAUUCCUGCAAUUUUGUUAGCAUGUCAAUAACUUGUAUCUGUAUGUAUGUGAUGUUUGGUAAGAUUUUAUUCUGAAAUUCUAUUGUACAGUUUUCCAAUUUAGUAUACCGGAUAUUUUUAAUUUAAGAAAAUAUAAUGUUCUGUAUAACUUUGCUUGUGUUAAUUUCAAUUGACUGAUCUGCUGUAAUAUUAAAAGUUUGUAGACAUAUGGAGGAAUGGAUGUAUAGAUUUACAUUUUCUUGACCUUGGCACUAUCUUGAGGU